AUGGCUAUGGCCUUCUGGAAAAGUGAAAGGUCAUCGAGUUCAUCGGGUACAGAGAUUGAGAUUUGCCGCGACGAGAGGAUUUUGGGGGCGAAGAAGAAGAAUAAAAUCGGUAACGACAGAAGGAGGAUUAGGGUUGGGAUUAGUGGGGAAGACGUUGAACAAGCCAUGGCUAUGAAUCUACUGUUCCUUUUUUGUUCAAAAUUGAAACUUUUAGAACAUCAGACUGUAACUGAAACAAGACUUUUACAGUGCAGGGUUUCAAAAAAGGGGGAAUCAGAACGCCGUUUUCAUAUCUGGCGGCUGCGGCGGUGA